UUGACGAGCUCCGCGGCGGGUUUACGGACAUCUGUGACCGGCGGCAGCUGGGGUAGGGGGCCUCUGAGAACCGGAGGUGGAGCGGGGCGGCUUGCGGUCGGGACGAUGGCGGCCAAUGCUGGGGAAUGGUGCCUCAUGGAGAGCGACCCGGGGGUCUUCACCGAGCUCAUUAAAGGAUUCGGUUGUCGAGGAACCCAAGUAGAAGAAAUAUGGAGUUUGGAGCCUGAGAAUUUUGAAAAGUUAAAGCCAGUUCAUGGAUUAAUUUUUCUUUUCAAAUGGCAGCCAGGAGAAGAACCAGCAGGCUCUGUGGUUCAGGAUUCCAGACUUGACACAAUAUUUUUUGCCAAGCAGGUAAUUAAUAAUGCUUGUGCCACGCAAGCCAUAGUAAGUGUGUUAUUAAACUGUACCCAUCAAGAUGUCCAUUUAGGAGAGACAUUAUCAGAGUUUAAAGAAUUUUCACAAAGUUUUGAUGCAGCUAUGAAAGGCUUGGCCCUGAGCAAUUCAGAUGUGAUUCGACAAGUCCACAACAGUUUCGCCAGACAGCAAAUGUUUGAGUUUGAUGCAAAGACACCAGCAAAAGAAGAAGAUGCUUUUCACUUCGUCAGUUACGUUCCUGUGAAUGGAAGGCUGUAUGAAUUAGAUGGGUUACGAGAAGGACCGAUUGAUUUAGGAGUAUGCAAUCAAGAUGACUGGAUCAGCGCAGUGAGGCCUGUUAUAGAAAAAAGAAUACAAAAGUACAGUGAAGGUGAAAUUAGAUUUAACUUAAUGGCCAUUGUGUCUGACAGAAAAAUGAUAUAUGAGCAGAAGAUUGCAGAGUUACAAAGACAACUCGCUGAGGAGGAACCCAUGGAUACAGAUCAGGGUACCAAUAUGUUAACUGCUAUCCAGUCAGAGGUUGCCAAAAAUCAGAUGCUUAUUGAAGAAGAAGUCCAAAAAUUAAAAAGAUAUAAGAUCGAAAAUAUCAGAAGGAAGCACAAUUAUCUGCCUUUCAUUAUGGAAUUGUUAAAGACGUUAGCUGAACACCAGCAGUUAAUACCACUAGUAGAAAAGGCAAAAGAAAAACAGAAUGCAAAGAAAGCUCAGGAAACCAAAUGAAGAAGAUACUUUGUGAUGUGUACAUAUUUCUGAUUCUGCAAUUACUUUCGUGAAAACUUUUACAAACUUUGAGCAACAUUCUACUUGGCCCAAUGCACGUUUGACAAAAACAGCAGUCUUGUCUCAAAUGCAUGUAUUCAUGAACAUUUUCCUACCUGCAUCAUGUGCAUGCAGUGCAUAUUAAAUAAAAGUGAUAUAAAGAUUGCUUGCCCAAAUCCCAUUUUUUUAUAUUGUAUCCGAAAUUCCUCUGGAGUGUCUGGAUCUAUAAAUAUUGUAAUGAACCCAGAAGAGGCACAAAUGAUAUUCUCUACCUGUAAUUGUUCUGAUUAAUCUUUCAAUCCUUUAGCUCACUUAAAUUUUGAAAAUGUGUAACUAUCAAUUAUUACUUAAACUGGUCAUCUUGUUUUUUUCAUUAAUUGGAGAAAAAUAUCUUUGAUAUGUAAAUGUUAUGAGGAUUUUGACUGAUUUGUGCUCCAAUUACCAAUUAUUUGAAAAAGUAUUUUAAAACAGCUCAUUUGAAAUGGACAAAAGUACAAUUUCUAGUGAUUUUCAUGCUGCCAAGAAAAAAGGUAAUAAACAUCCUGGUUUUAUUUUACUAUAAUUAAAGUGUUUAGGUUAUUUACUUAUUAUGGAAUUAUUUCAGGAAUAUAUGUAAUUCUUCAAAGGAAAAUUUCAGGUGAAGAACAAAUUUUAAAGCUUAAUGAGUUUUAGUGUUACUCUCAGUUUCGCAAUAUUAUAUAAACUGUUAAGUUGUAUCUUUAUAAAAAUGUUAUUUGGAGUUUGACAACUCAGCCUAUUUGAUUUGAAAAUAGUCUGAAAGAAAUUAGCACAGCUCAAUAGAUUCCAAGAAACAUAUAUCAUUUGUCUGCAAUGGAGUUUAUUAUAGGUUUUGAAAGUUUCUUUGUCUUUUUUUCUUCUUCAGUAAAGCAGUAUUGUGUUUUUGUUCUUAUUUUUUUCCAAGUCAAACUUUAAAAUUUAUAGAACUUCUUUUCAUAAAGGAAAUGCUCCACUUUUUAAAAAAAAAUUUUACCAGAGACAUUUCUGCACUUAAUACAUUGCUCUUCAACAUUUUAUUAUGGCAAAGCUUAAACAUGCAGAGAUAAUGUGUACUCAUUUUCCAUCAUCAAAACAUGAAUAUUUAAGGGUUGUUUUAAACUUAGAACUAAUAUGCUUUAAACUUAGAACAACCUAUUAGGAAAUUGAGUAGAAAAAUUAAUGAAAUACUUUCCCUGUUUACAUAAUUUCAACGGAAGAUACUGAGUUUUUAAUUUUUAGCUCAUUGGAGAAUUUUAUUUUGAUAUAGAUUCAACAAUAAUUAUGAAGUAUUUUGAAAAUCAUGAUACCAAAAAAAAAAAAAGCUUUCCUAAGGAUAGUUUGAAGCACAUCUUGCUCCUACUAAUUUAUUUCAACUUCACUUACAUGCUAUUUUUUUAUAGAAGCUUUCAAUUUGUGAAGCAAUUCAAGAAUACCUUAAAUAAUAGGUAGUGUCCAGUGAUCAAGACAAUGAGGGACUGGUGUAAAGAUUGACAAAUCAAUGGGUUAGAAGAAAAGCUUAGUGAAAUAGAAAAGAGAGCCCAGAAGCAGAUCUACAUUUGUAUAGAUAGUCACUUGGUUUUUGACAAUGGUGGCAAAACAAUCUAACAAGGAAGAAAGUAUUUUGAACAAAUGGAGUGAGAAUAAUUGAAUAGGGAAAUUAAUGAAUCUUAACCCUUUACCUCAUCCACCUAAAUGCAACUAAAGUGUAUGGCGUUUUAGAGGAAACUGGAUUAGCUUUGUGUCUUCAGGGUAAUCAAAGAUUUCUUAGGUCAUUACAUGCAAUAACUUUGAAAUGACUUAGAAACAGAGUUCAUGAAAAUUAAAAACUUAAUCAUUGACUGAUACUGUUAAGAGUAAGUAGUAUCAAACCGUGACAGUUUAGAAAUAACUUGAUUAAGCAACUGUAUUAAUAGGAGUGUGGAUGUUUUUCUUAUCCUAAUAAAUCUUAAUAGGAAAUA